GCUUGGUGACGGUAACUGCAAUCGCGAGCACUGUUGGUGUGAGCAGUGACGCGCUUGAUUGAAAUUGGUUAGCUCAAUCGCGUCGCGUCCACGUUCGUGUAGAACCACUUUGUCACUUUGGUGCUUGCUCAAGCUCUCCCCGCCACGAACUUUUGCACCUCUACGUUAUUCAAUCGCCGCUGUUAUCUUUAUUUUCUCUUGAGCCGAAUUAGCGCAGCAGACUUCAAUACCACUUUGUUGUUACCGGUACUGUCCAUUACAUCCACUUCAGACGCGCACGCAAACAGAUCGCGCCGUGCGAUCAGUGUCACGCAGAACACUUCCGCAGACCAAUUACGAAUACAAAAUGGCGAACCAAAUACUCGGCGCAUCUACUGCGCCCUCGAGACCUCGAACGAAGCUAUUGGCAGCUUUACGGAAGACAGAGUCCGGCGAUUCUUCUGAAAGUAGCACGGACUCUGCAAGUGAUGUGUCGGACUCUGAGGGCGUACUGCACUCCAACACAAGAUCUUUAUCUGGGCCACGACAUCAGCCUAGCACUCAAACAUCCGACGCAGAAGAAGAGGUGGACGCAGAGAGUGCAUACCAGCGCAUGAAGCAGCGAUUGGCAGCGGAGAAAGAGACACAAGAGCAACAGGCGCAAAAGUCGGUGCCAGUCCUUGCUUUAGCUCUUGAAAGUGAUGAAGAGGCGUCAAUACCGAUACGGAAACCCGCCCGCAGGUCCAUAACAGAGAAGCAGAGACUGUCGAGCCCCCGCAAAUCACCGUCGCCAAAUGUACGAUCACGUCAGUCGUCUCCUGGACUUUUCGUAUCUCCAGGACCGUCUCCAGCCAAAAGCCGAUCGCCGGUUGGGACCUCAGCGAACUACGAAUCCGACCAGUCGUCACAACGGGCCUCUGCGACCGACUUACAAGAACGCGUCAAACGCAUCAGAGCCGAGAGACUGGCGAAGCAGAAGGAGGAGACUGCUCAAUUGGCACAGCAGAAGACUUCUAAGCGUUCGUCAGGCCGAGAUGAUGGCAGUGAUACAGACGCGGAAAUUGAUAGGCGCUUGACACAGCAGUCCAAGCCUACUCGACGAGCGGGCAAGAAGGCUCUGGAGGCUAUGGCUCGUGACCAACAACGAAUCAGUCGUAAUAUGCAACUCACUCAUCAGGCCAAGACGAAGAAGAGAUACUCAACGAAGGACCUCUUCACUAAGUUCGGUUUCAACGGACCAGAGGAUAAUGUGUCGACAUUACCAACCACCCCAGAAAAGGCCGCGAUACUUGCAUCAUCGGACGCAGAGAUGCAGCCGUUGCACGAGACACCGCCUACGAGUCCUCCUCGCCACGAUGAAGGGUUGGAGAAGAUGGCGAGUGAAGUUGGCAACCUAACGCCAAAAGCGCCACUCGCAGAGGAAGCCGAUGACACCACCCCUGUGCCCACGAAAGUGGAUAAGGGUAAAGGUCGCGCUCCGGAGUUCGCGCAUCUUCCUACACGAUCUUGGCCAUUGCAGGGACAGCCAAUCACUGUCCGGCAUGCUCAAGUCCAGACUGCUGUGCCUUCAGAGAUUGUCAUGGUAGAGUUAUCUGACUCUGACGAUGAUGCAAAGUUGGUGAAGAAAAGCAGAUUUGCAGUGUUCGAUCGGGUACGAACGAAGGAGCAGGACGAGUCGAAGUCUUUUGUAACGCUUCGUCAUCUGGCACAUCUCACCUCCCCCAAAACUACACGCAAGGGACCGAAAACCAUCACCCGUAGCGAGAUGCAUUUCUCACUUGCUCAGAAAGCUCGUCAGCAGGCACAAAGGGGACGCGAAGAAAGAAUCGAAGAACUCAAACGACGUGGUAUUCAUAUCGAGACUGCCGAGGAGCGAGAGAAGCAUCAAAUGGAAAUUGAAGAUUUGGUGACACAAUUCGAGAAGCAACGGCAGGAAGAUCUCAAGCUUGCCAAGCAGGAGAAGAAGCAGGCUAAAGCCAACGGAGAGUCUAUUGAUGAUCUUCCUUCCAGCGACGAGUCGGAUGAAGACUUCGUCGGCAGCGACGACGAGAACACGGCAGAUGGCAACGACGAGGACCAGGAAGAGGAAGAAGAGGCUGAAAUUGAACUCUCCGGCUCCGAAGAUGAGCCGAUGGAGGACGCGGAUGGCGAAGAGGCGGACGCAUCUAAUGACUUGGCUGAUGAGGCCACUGCUGUCAAUACAGACGCCACCCUUGUGUCUCAGGCAAACGAAUUGACUGAUGACGAAGAUGAGCGUAAUGCUUCUACGCGCAAGCCUAUGAUCAAGCGAGCCCGAAGAGUCAUCGACGACGAUGAAAGUGAGAGCGAAGAUUUGAAGCUCGGGUCGCCAACCCAGAAGGCAACUCAAGAUGACGCGAUAGCUGCGUUCGGCUUCGGUGAAUCAAGCACAAACUUAGGGCUCACCCAGAUGUUCGCUGGAACCAUGGCGAACUUGGAUGAUACGCAAGUUACCCAACAGGAACCCGAACAGGACUCCCUGGAGUUCCUCCACAACUUACCAGACACUCAGCCUGGUGUCACAUUCAGCCAGACGCAUGACACGCUGGUACCUAAUAGCCAGCUGUUUGUGUCUCCACGCAAAGAGUCCGGAGCUGGAGCUGAAUCUCACUUCAGCUUAGGUAUUGGUCAGCUGAUUGACCCGGGUACCCAGUUCUCUGAGGCCCCUGAGCCCACACAAGAUGCUGGUUUCUCUUUCUCUCGUUCACAAGCUGGUUUCAUGGCACCCGCCUCUACCGUCGAGACUGUAAUGCUAUCUGUGGCCGAGUCGCCGAUCAAAAAACGAACUGGCAAGCUGCAGCGCGGUCGUCGCGAGAUUGCUGAGGGACUAUCUGACGUUGAGGAGAACUUUGUCGACCCUGCUUCCGAUUUAAGUGAUGUCGAUGACAUCCAACGGCCACCCAAGCAUAGAGAUGCCUUCCGCGCCAUGCAAAAGGGCGCGAAGAAACAAAGGGCCAUUGAUAAUUUCAAUAAGGAGAACAGUGCUGCCAAGGCCAUCGUAGAGGAGCAGGCUGAUGAGUCUGAAGACGAGUACGCUGGCAUCGGAGGAGCAAGUGACGAUGAAAGCGGCGAAGAAGAUGAGGAAAUGAAGAAAAUGAUAGACCACGACGACGUCAAGGUCGACGAGCGUCAAAUCGCUGCCUUCUACGCUGACAAGGAUAAGAAGGACGACGAGAAGAACAUCAACCAGCUCUACAAAGACCUCAUGAACGGCGGUCUCCGCAAGCGCGCCGGUCGCGAUGCCUUCGACAUGUCCGACAGCGAAGAUGAAGCAGAAAUGCGGCAGCGCCGGAAGCGUGCUGACUUUGCACGCAUGCAAAAAGCACUCCUGAGCGAUGAGAAUAUCGGCAAGAUUGCUGAGAACCCGAAGCAGCAAGCCUUCUUCAAAACGCUCGCGGAUUUCGCAGACGAUGCAGACUACGAAUUCCUCGAGAUGCCAGAGCCAAAGAGCAUCUAUGCCGAAGAUUCACAGUCCCAGUCUCAACAACCUCAAGAGGGCGUGGACUCAGAAGCUGAAAUGGUAGUGCCAGAUUCGCAGACCGACUCCGUGAAUAUGCCUCCUCCCAACCCGUUGAAACGCAAAUCUCCCACCUCAUCUCAGAAAGAGAACCGCCCCCCUCCGAAUAUGCGUCGCACCGACAACGAUCUCACACGCCGCCCAAUCACGCUGGCUGACGUGCAGAACUCCGUCUCCGAACUGCUCGAGGAUUCCCGUGUCAUGGUGCCUGACAGCCAGUACGCGUCGGACUCUGACUCGGAUUUGGAAAUCGUAGAUAAGCCUGUGCGCAAGGCCGUCGUCGACCGCUUAACAUUGAGCCGGCAGUCGACGAUUGAUGAGUCGCAAGAUAGUGCAGGUGGCAUGGCGUUCCACGCCCCGUCUCGUGGGGCUGCAGUCCCGGGAUUCAGGGUACCGAGUCUCAUCCGACAGGCGACUAGUAAUCUGUCUGCUGUGAGUGAGAGGAGCGACAGCCAACGCACGAGUCAAAGUAGUGAAGGGGGUGUGCGAAGGGGUGGAACUGGGAGGAGCAACAUCCACGCACAGGCACGGGAGGCGGAGAGGAGAGCUUUGUUGGAGAAGAAAGAGAAACGGAGGAAAGAGGUGCUCAAGAAGAAGGUAGACGGCGCGAGGAAGAAGGGCGGGAUGAGAAGUGUGCUAGGAGACCUGAGUGGUGGGUUUGAGUAAUUAUGCGUAGAAUUUGACGGGAUAGUAGCGUGGCGUUUGGUGCUCUGGGUAUCAUCUAGG